AUGAAAUUAGUUCUUAUUCUGGCACUGCUGAAGACUCACAUUGGAAAAGUGCUAGAGUCUGUUAAUAAUCCGCUGUUAUAUUUAGCAACCGAUGGCUCAACUAUCCAACUAAGCCCGGUUGAGCACACGAUCAAAAUAAAACGCAGAAGGAUAUACAUAAGAAAAGAUAAAGAAUAUUACACAAUAGGUGUAGAGCCGGAUGAAACAAAGAUAUUUGUUAAAAAAGAAGUCAGCCCAGUAUACUUAACCCGAAAGUCAACAACCACAACGCAUGAGGAGUAUAAGCCUGGGCAGGGCAAAGAGACGUAUAAGGAAAUACACUACAGACCAUAUAAUAAACCAGAAUUACCUUUAGCAGUGCAUACGGAAUAUCACUUUCAUGGUGAUCCUAGAAUGGCACGCAAUCCGCAUGAAGAUAGCCGCCCGCCUGAGAACACACGGCCUGUGGAUCGCUAUCCGCCUAGGCAGUCUCCUCCGCCUCAAUCUGACGAGCCGUAUAGGGAAAGAGAAAAUCCGUAUGAAAGCUCUCCUUCUUAUAAAAGCCUGCCUAGAAACGCGUCUUAUACAAGCACUUAUACGCAUAUGCCCAAGCGAGAAGAGCGCUAUAAGGAAGAGAUGCCACAUCCAGAAGAGGUGCCGUAUGGGCCGCCUCCUUUUACGUACAUGCCGCCACACCAGCCAUAUCCAUAUGCGCCAGUUGAGUUUCCUCCAUACCCUCCCCCUAUUCCACCAAUAGAAGCGCAUAGAGAAGAGUUAGAUGAAAAAGAAAUUGAAAGUGAUUUUGGUAUAAAUAUUAGUCCAUUUGAUGUGAAAAUAGUGGAAGAAGGCGGAAGAAUAAUUCAUCUGCGCCGAGAAGGGAACAAUCACUGUCUAAAUUACACAGGAAAUCAAUUCUCAUUUAAGCCGUGCAGUAAUACAGAUGACAUAAUUAGAUUUCGGGUGCUAGAAAGAGAUAGUAAAUCAGACAAAAUAAAAACAUCGAGUCCUCCAAGGCCACAUGCAUACAGUCCACCUCCGGUGGUACAUAUGCCUGUUCAAGAAGCCACCCAUGAAAUAAUUCGAAAGCCGCGUGCUCGUGUAAGAAGGAGUAUUCAAAGUCUUAGAAAUGAUCUUAAAAGGACACGGGAUGAAAUAGAGUCUAUAGACUCUGAAGAUCUAGUCUCUAGCGACUCUCUAGACUAUUCCUCCAGUGAGCCAAGAAAUAGUAAUCAUAUUGUCAAGCACAUAGACGUAGUUAGUCCUAAAUACAAAUAUAAGUUAGACUUGGGAAAGAUUAAUAUGCCAAAUUAUUCUAGACAAGCAGACACUAUGUAUGAUAGUAUAAAGAGUAACUUAGACACCAUGGGCACUCUUUUGAAUCAGUCUAGUACACUGCAAGUGCCUAAGUAUGUGAAGACUCACAGACGAAUUGUUAGGCCUGUUAAACAGCGGGUUGUUACAACUGUUCCCGAGGAAAUCUCAGAGGAUGAGGCUAUAGAGAAGGCCAUAUUGAGCUGGAGUAGAAGAAAAGAAAAAGCAAAAAGAAAUCCAUUAGAAGAGGAUUAUCUUUCUCUAAGAAAAAAGAGAAAAAGGCUUCACAAAGAAAGAGAGGAGAUGGACAGAGAAAAAGAGAGAAUGGAAAGGAAAGAGAAAGUUAGAAAAAUAAGAAUAGAGCCAGAAGAAGACAGUGACAGUGAGGGUUUUUCUACCAGCACUGCCCAUAAAUUAACUUAUAAGAUGAAAAAACCACGCCCUGAAAUGUAUAUGCAUGUGAAAAAAGAGAAGUGGCCAGAUCUUAAGGAUGAUAUGUAUGCUGAAAAGGCGUAUGAUUCAUCUGACAGCUAUUCUGCCAGUUAUUCUAUGAAUGCUGAACCACAUAAGUUUAAGCAUACUAAGAUUUCUUCUGCAGCGAUGCAGAUGCCAACUCAAUUCACUGCACAUACUAUACACAAACCGUUUAUUAGAAUGGCCAGGCCCCAUCCUAAGCAGGUGUUGUUACACCCUAUUCAUGAAAUACAUGUAGACCAUGCUAAGGAAAUGGUUGCUCCACUGAAUACUUCUGUUACACUUCCUGCAAUGCAUUCGCCUGCACCAGUGCACCAGAUAGUUAAACCUACUCCUAUGGUGAUACACUCUCCGCAUAUAGAGCAUGUUACACAUAUACCACUAGCUACCCCCAUUACCCCGAUUACUCCCAUUGCGCCUAUUACUCCUACACCAAUGCCCACUAUACAGGCUCCUUCUAUUUCUGUGUCUAGUACUGAAAGUAUGCCAAUUUCUUUACAAUCCCCUACUUCGAUAUCUGCCAUACCGCCAGCUUCACCUGCCACAAUAGCCACGCCUCCCAUGUCAAGUGAUGCAAAUGCAGUGAAUAAUUUACUAUCCUCAUACUUCUCACCAAUUAGUACUAACCUAGUGGAUAGCAAGCUUUCUUCUCCCACUGCCAAUAAGUUUACACUUCCUCCUAUUUCUACGAAGAAUACAAAUCCAUUCGCUUCUACAUUGACCUCGACAGACACAAAGCUCUCUGACAACAAGAAAUCAACUGCUUUGAAGAAGAAAACAUCCAAAGCAGAGGUCUCCUCUAUUCCAAAAACAGAUAGUGGGUUAAUUGAUAACCUUACUAAUGACAUACUAAAAAAUAAUCCAUUCAAUAUGCAGUCUGGAUUAUUGGGCAAUAACCCCAUGGACGCAAAUCUAUUUAAUUCUAGCCUAAAUUCGUCUUUACUACCAAGCGCAGCAACUAGUAAAGAUACAAGUAUGUUUAGUGGGCUUGGCCAGAACUCGCUACUAAGCAACACAGCUUUAUCUUCUAACCCGGCCCCUAAGCCAGCAGAAAAUAACUCUUUUGGCCUAAAUGGUCUUAUGUCAAACCAAUUUAAUAUGAACUCAGCAGACACAUCCUCUAUGAUUAACUCAAGUAGUAGUCUUAUGAACAGUCCAUUUUCUGCUAAUAGCAACACUAAUCCAUUUGGAAAUAAUUUUAAUGACUCUAUCAGUAAAAACCUAACUAAGUCAUUAGAUAACUCUAGCACAGCCAACAACACUGCAGCAGCCAAACCAGUUGAUAACACUAUGCUAUAUACAGACACUCUCCUGAAUAGCACGCCAAGGCCUAAAGUAGAACAGAACUCUAUGGAUUUAUUACAGAAUAAUCUUCAGAGCCUAUUUGGAGGCGGCACUGAUAAAGAAGACAGCAUUACAGUAAAUGGAGUUCCACAUACAGCUAAUACAUAAGAGUAAGUCAAGAUAGAUUGCUUAAUUAUAAGUA